AUGAUCCGAGGCGCUCGCCGAAGGGGCUCUCCUGAAGUGCCCAGGCAGAGGGGGAGUGGAGGGGGCGGCAGUGGAGUGAAGGGCGGAAGUGUCCUCGCUGUCCUGAGGCCUGGGACCCUGUUGAUGGUAAAUGGCGCUGUUGAGCCCCGAUGCGCAGGGACUCCGCGGGUGGCGGACUUGACAGGAAGCUUUGCUGCGGGGAGGCCCAGCUGCCGACACGCGGGACGUCAGGACCCCAGCAGAAGCGCCAGGCUGUGCCUCCUUAGGACUGCGGGCUACUUGCUCCUACUGGCUCUUAAUCGCACCCACACCCUGCCCCAAACAGGACCCACAGCCCUGCCCCAUAGAUGCAUCCAGCUUCCACAGGCUUUCAGCUCAGGCCAGCCAGGUCACCAGAUUUCACCUCUGGGAGCCGGAGCCCUUGAAGGCGACCGGAAAGCAGAGCUAGGUAACCAUCCUAACGUGUGUGGAGGCAGAAAAGCAUCCAAACUGCCAGUGCCACGUCGCUUCUCAGGAGAUGCCACCACAAUUAUCGGGACCAUUCCACUGAUGCCUAAUCCGGGGCCAUCGAGCCAAGCAGCGAGCGGCACUCAGGGCUUGCAAGUGCAGCCAGUCACCCCCCAGCUCCUAACAAACGCCCAGGGCCAGAUCAUCGCCACAGUCAUUGGGAACCAGAUCCUGCCCGUGAUCAACACCCAGGGCAUCACGCUGUCACCCAUCAAGCCCGGCCAGCAGGAUUGGAGAUUAGCAACUGGAAAAAACAGCCAGCUUCUUGGGGAUGUACCUUGCAAAUCCAACAAAGUACACCCCAACCAACAUGUCAGCUACAGCCAGCAUCCCAAAGAGCGGGCUCCCUUCACCAGUACACAUAUGUGCACCUCUCAGCUCCACCAACCCUCCCAGACGUCAGUGGGUCAAGCAGCCUCCCAAGGCAACCUUCUGCACCUGGCUCACAGCCAAGCAUCCAUGUCUCAAAGUCCCGUCCGGCAGGCUUCCUCUUCUUCCUCCUCAUCCUCCUCUUCUUCAGCUUUAAGCGUGGGCCAGUUAGUCAGCAAUCCUCAAACGGCAGCGGGUGAGGUGGAUGGGGUUAAUCUGGAGGAGAUCCGAGAAUUUGCCAAAGCUUUUAAAAUCCGGCGCCUGUCCCUUGGCCUGACCCAGACUCAGGUGGGACAGGCUCUCAGUGCUACAGAGGGCCCCGCGUACAGCCAGUCGGCCAUCUGCAGACACACCAUCCUGAGAAGCCACUUUUUCCUACCACAGGAAGCCCAAGAGAACACUAUAGCUAGCAGUCUGACAGCCAAACUGAACCCUGGCCUUUUGUAUCCUGCCAGGUUUGAAAAGCUGGACAUCACCCCUAAAAGUGCCCAGAAGAUCAAGCCGGUGCUUGAGCGGUGGAUGGCUGAGGCUGAGGCCCGCCAUCGAGCAGGUAUGCAGAACCUGACCGAGUUUAUCGGGAGUGAACCAUCCAAAAAGCGCAAGCGGCGCACCUCCUUCACACCCCAGGCCCUUGAGAUCCUCAAUGCCCACUUUGAGAAGAACACACAUCCCUCUGGGCAGGAAAUGACCGAAAUUGCUGAGAAGCUGAACUAUGACCGAGAAGUAGUUAGAGUUUGGUUCUGCAAUAAGAGGCAAGCCCUGAAGAACACAAUCAAACGCUUAAAACAGCACGAGCCGGCCACGGCAGUCCCUUUGGAGCCCUUAACAGACUCUCUGGAAGAAAACUCCUAAAGAGAUGCCCACCCAUAAUCAGAAGCAAAAUUCACAGAAACUAAACUCCACCCUUGGGACUCCACAACAACAAAAUUUAAUUUAAUUUAAAAAUAGCCCCAGUCAUCAUCACCCUUGUAAGUAAAAGACUAAGAAAACUACCAAGUGGACAGAAUGGUUUCUACUUGUCCGUUGGUUUUCCAAAAAGGAAAAAAGAAAAUUUUUUGAAAAUUUUUAAACAAGGAAUACACCACACUGAAGGUGUGUGUGGUCGGAUAGUUCCCUUCCCCCACCUGUCUCCCCCAAAGCCACUUUUUUAAUGGACUUAAAGCAAACCAAAUAACCAUGUACUUUUUUCUGUAUAUUAUGAAAAUGUGAACACAUUUUAAGGAAAAAGAAAAAAAAAAAAACUAAACCAAAAACCAACAACGAAGGAACAAAAACUUUGACCUGUUCAAAGCGAAUACAAGCCUGCCACCUGGAGGAAGGACUGCACCCCUUCAGGUACUAAGUGCUGAUUCACUAUGAAACCUAUUAACCAAAGUCAGAAACAUGGCAUUGCA